AUGGAGUCGACCGCUGGAAAAAGUCACCCGGGCUCAAAAAGACGCCGUUUUCAAAUCCCAAUCACCUCUUACUUCUCUGUAUCUCACUCGGAUCCUUCCACGCAGUCCGAAUCUUUAUCUCACUAUAACUAUGCUGCUCCAACGUCUUCCGCCAAUCCUGCUCUUCCGGACAAAGUCCAAUCGUCACUCCUGACCGUGGGAAUGCGUGUCCGCAAGGCUGUUCCAGAGGGCUACCAGACCGCACUUAAAACAUCUAGGUUAAAUGUGUAUAUGACCAAUCAUGUUUCCUACAACACGAACUCAUACGCCGAGUUGGCACCCUACUGUGGAGGUUUCAAAAUCGGUAAUUUAGCCGUGCAGACAUUUCCUCCGCCUGCUAUACGGGAAGAUCACGAAAUCGCUUUUGGCCGAAUAGACCAGGAAUCUGUGCCAUCGAGUAGCCAGGAGUCCACCGAUUCUGUGAUGCCAUCGAAUCCGCAUAAACGUGCAUUUGGUGAAGACGACGCUGAGGAUGAGGAUCAGGAAGAGGACAUCACUUCGUUGUACAACCCAAAGGCCUCGAACCCAAACACCGCCGCCUACAGUACUUCUCGCUUGCCAUUGAGAACAAUUCUUCGUCCAAGGUCAGGACGAAAGACGCAGCGAUUCGUUGCUAGUUCCAGGGCCACCAUGGGCUCUUUGCAAAACAAGCUAGAUCAGAUGUGGGGGCUAUCUGGACAAGAAAAUCGACAUCCGAUGUUAAAUAUUCCCUUGUCAGCAGACUUCGAAGAAGCAACAUUCUUAAGACGGAGAGAAGAAGUCGACGAGGACUACGAAAUGGGUGGUGUUUAGAACCUAGACCCCUCUUGCUUUUCUUCCUUCGUCGAUCCGUUUGCUCGUUGUAUAUUUUAUUUGUCAUCUUGGUCAUGGGUUGGCUUGCGCAUUUGGUUUGGAGUUUGAUACCUUGUCAGCGAAUUGGCAAUUUUCCUCUGAUUUGCAUAAUACUGCAGGGAAGUUGUUUUGGGCGGAACUCCGGAGUACUGGGGAUCGUUUGCCGCGGCCAAUAGAUCAUAAUUGUGGAAUAGAUGCUGGCCACGGUACGAACAUUGGCGAAUGUGAUACCAUUGUUG